AUGGCGGCCUACCCCGAGAGCUGCGUGGACGCCUCCGUACUGGACUUCGUCGCAGACCUGUCCCUGGCCUCUCCAAGACACCCUCUCCUCUGCGAUUUUGCGCCCGGGGUCCCCUUUGGAGACCCAGCCUUUGCGCUUCGAGAAGGAAGACCCAGGAGGCUGGCAAGGUUUGAGGACGGGGAGCCAGAAGAAGAAGAGGGCGAAGUAGACGAGGGGGAGGAGGAGGAGGAAGAGGAGCGCAGGAGAGGCGUCUCGCUGCUGGGCCGCCCCAAGAGGAAAAGGGUGAUCACCUACGCGCAGCGCCAAGCCGCCAACAUCCGCGAGAGGAAGCGCAUGUUCAACCUGAAUGAGGCCUUUGACCAGCUGCGGAGGAAGGUGCCCACUUUUGCUUACGAAAAGAGGCUGUCCCGAAUCGAGACCCUUCGCCUGGCCAUCGUCUACAUCUCCUUCAUGACUGAGCUCUUGGAAAGCUGCGAGAACAAGCAGACGGGAUGA